AUGACCACCAGCACAGCAUACGUACAGCGCGAACGCAAUGGCAAACAGGUCCUAGUACGCGAACAAGACAUCCAAUUGCCCUCACGCGAAGCACACCAAAGUCUUCUCUCGGUACAAUAUGUAGCCCAAAACCCCACCGAUGUACAAACACUCGACAGCAAUGCAUUCGGCAACGGCACAGUCCUUGGCUGCGAUUUCGUCGGCACCGUCGAGGAAACAGGCAAAGAAGCAAAGAACCUUAGCAAGGGUGAUGUCGUUGCAGGUCUCAUCUGGGGAGGAGAAAUCAAAGGGCUAGGUGCAUAUGGAAGUCGCAGCUUUGUGGAUGACCGUAUCAGCUUCAAGGUCCCCAAGGGUGUGAAAUUGGAAGAUGCGGCUACAGUGCCACUGGCUUGUUGUACUUCUUGGCUGGCUCUGUUUUCCAAGACCUGUUUAGCUAUUCCCAGGAAGGAAGCAAAGACCAGUGUUUUGAUCUGGGGCGGUAGCUGUAAGUGCAACAACGAGCAGAUACACGAAUUACUACUGAUUCGCCUACAGNCGAGCGUGGGAUCCUAUGCUAUCCAACUCGCUUCCAUGUACAACUUCACCAUUAUCACAACCUGCAGCCCCAAAAACUUUGACAUGGUCAAGAGAUUCGGCGCCACUCACGUAUUCGACUACAAUGACUCUACUGUUGUCGAUAAGAUCAAGGAGGUUGCCCCAGAUCUGGAAUACACAUUCGACACCAUUGGCUCCAAGGACUCUUCUGCACAGGCUUCACAGGCCAUCACCGACAAGNGGGGUGUAUUGUGUACUGUACGUCCCGGCAAAGCGAAUACUGAAAAUGUGGCUUCGCAUGUCAAAGUUACCGAUGUGCUUGUUUGGACGGCAUUCCUCAAAGACCACCAGUACAAGGAGUUUCGUUGGCCAGCUUCCAAAGAUGACCACGCACUCUCUGCCGAACUAUUCGAAAAACUUCCAUCUUGGUUGGAGCAAGAAAAGAUCAAGCCCAACAAUGUCAAGUUACUCAAUCUGGAUUCCAUCCACGAGGGCUUCGACAUGCAUCGUCAGGGCAAGAUUUCGUCUUUCAAGAUUGUGUAUAAGGUUUAG